AUCCCCCGUCUACCUCCAACCAUCGUUGAUUUCGGUUUUGCCUUCAUCUAGUUAUCAUAGUUUCAACUUUUGAUUCACCCCCUGUUAACAAAAUCGCUUGGGAGAGCUAAAGACACGAAAUAACCUUAUCCCACCAAGGAAAUGCCCGGAUUAACAUCUGCCUCUGGCUUAAUCGGCCUUUUGGAUGAACCAGAUCAACGACUGAAAUGCUAUGCGCUACAGAACCUGGAUAAGCUGGUGGACCAAUUCUGGGCUGAGAUUGCCGAUAGUGUUUCGAAGAUGUUUGUUGAAGCUCCCAUUUUUGCGCCGCCGGAUCCUCCGGGUUCGCAGAUGCAUCAUUAUCUGUGUCUAGCAUCCUUUUGAUCUAGCACCCACUUGAUGAAGCCGACGAUUACUGACGAAUUUGGGUGCGACAGAGAAGUCCUUUAUGAGGAUGAUCAGUUUUCUGAACGCAACCUUGCUGCCUUGGUGGCUUCGAAGGUCUACUAUCACCUUGGUGAAUAUGAUGAAUCAAUGAUGUUCGCCUUGGGAGCUGGAGACUUGUUUGACAUCACUGCGAAGAGCGAAUAUGUUGAGACCAUGAUCUGUAAGGGCUGUCCCAUCCUACCGAUCGCUCAGGAUAAAACCAAGCCUGCUAACCAACUGAAAUAGCUAAAUGUAUCGACAAGUACAUCGUCAUCAACUCCCACAACGACUCACUUUCAUCCCCCACCGAACCACCCAAUGUUGACGAUCCGUCCUUUGCCAUCCCAAAUACCAAAAAAGAUGCGCAACCAGGAGUUCCCCAAAAGGCCGACCCUAGGUUGCAAGACAUCGUUGAGCGAAUGUUCCGGAAAUGCUACGAAACAGAAGAUUACAGGCCGGCUAUAGGGAUCGCGAUCGAAGCUCGAAGGCUCGAUGUCGUUGAAGAGGGAAUAAACCUAGCAAGCCGACGGAGCAGAGAUAAGAAGGGGAAGGAAAAGGGCGGCGAGGAGGAGAAGGAUGGUGGGGUAGAGCUGAUGGAAUAUGUUCUGGAGAUAAGCAUGAAGGUUGUACAGGAGAUUGGGCUUCGGGAAAAGGUUCGUUCGAUUCCUCAAGGGCCCCAAUCUCACAGCUCUGGAUGAUAGAAGCUGAUCCCAAGGAAAUUAGCUUCUCCGUCUUCUGGUCAACCUUUUUCUCUCACAAGGCAGCCCUGAUUAUUUUUCUAUCAGCAAAUGUGUCAUCCAUCUUAACGAUACAUCAUUAGCUGCAAAGAUUCUUCAAGAACUUGUGCAAAAGGAAGACACCAAGUCAUUGCUGGUAGCCUACCAGAUUGCUUUUGAUUUAGACUCCUCGGCUACCCAAGAGUUCCUCCAGAAAGUUGCCAACGAUCUUCCUGGCCCUGAAGUCGAUGAGUCGGACGCACUGAGUACUGCUGCAACCGCGGGCGGUGAUACCAUGGUCACCGACUCAACAGAAGACGACGAGAACACUAGGCUUCUUGGAGGCAAUGCGAGUUCGGCCGAGUCAAUUUCGGGUAAGACGGGCAAAUACUACCGUUCAAUCCGACAAAUCCUGCGUGGGACCAAGAGCAUCGAGAUCGCAUUGGAGUUCCUCUUUAGAAACAACCACACAGAUAUGAGUAUUCUUAACAAGAUCAAGGAUUCGCUUGAGGCUAGAAACUCUAUCUUCCAUACCGCCGUCACAUUUUCCAAUGCUUUCAUGAAUGCGGGAACUACCAGCGAUGGCUUCUUCAGGGCAAAUCUGGAGUGGCUGAGCAAAGCCGUUAAUUGGUCCAAGUUCACCGCUACUGCUGCAUUGGGCGUCAUACAUCGCGGAAACUUGAGCCAGGGUCUCAAGUUGCUAGAACCAUACCUGCCUCAGGAGGGCGUGUCUACCGGUUCUCCGUAUUCCCAAGGUGGUAGUUUGUAUGCCCUUGGCCUGAUUUACGCCAACCACGGAACAGAUGUGCUUGACUUUCUGAGGAAGCAGUUUAAGGGCACCGCGGACGAAAUGGUACAACAUGGUGGCGCCCUGGGCUUGGGUGUUGCCGGAAUGGCGACGGGCAGUCAGGGUAUUUAUGACGAGCUCAAGACCGUGCUGUGGAGCGAUUCGGCAAUCGCCGGUGAAGCUGUUGGACUGGCUAUGGGAUUGGUCAUGCUGGGUACAGGGAGCUCCGCUUCAUUAGAAGAUAUGAUUCAGUAUGCACACGACACACAGCAUGAAAAGAUUAUUCGAGGCCUGGCAAUCGGCAUGGCUUUGAUUAUGUUUGGGAAACAAGAAGCCGCCGAUGACCUGAUAAACACUCUUCUCGAUGACCCGGAUCCGACACUACGAUACGGAGGUAUCAUGACAAUAGCCAUGGCUUACUGCGGCACCGGUAGUAACAAGGCAAUCCGGCAACUGUUGCAUGUCGCUGUGAGUGAUGUCAACGAUGAUGUUCGCAGGGUUUCGGUCAUGAGUCUUGGAUUUAUUCUCUUCCGAAAGCCGAAUGCUGUGCCAAGAAUGGUGGAGCUACUGAGCGAAAGCUACAAUCCGCACGUCCGGUACGGUGCCUCCCUCGCCUUAGGCAUUUCAUGCGCCGGAACCGGUCUCGACGAGGCUAUCGACCUCCUAGAGCCCAUGAUAAAGGAUCCAACGGACUUUGUCCGCCAGGGUGCACUUAUCUCAAUGGCCAUGAUUUUGGUUCAGCAAAACGAUCAGAUGAACCCUAAGGUUGCUUCUCUGCGAAAGACAUUUGAGGGAAUGGUGGGCGAGAAACAUGAAGAUGCAAUGGCCAAGUUUGGAGCAGCGUUGGCAUUGGGCAUUAUUGAUGCUGGCGGAAGAAAUGUCACGAUUGGAUUACAAACCCAAACUGGUAGUUUGAAUCUCCCAGCCAUUGUUGGCAUGGCAGUCUUUACACAAUACUGGUACUGGUUCCCAUUGACGCAUUUCCUAAGUUUGAGCUUUAUGCCAACUGGCUUGAUUGGUUUGGACGAUGAAUUGAGUGUUAGUAGACUUUUUCAACUCGUAUUUGCAUAAAAUGCACAACUAACUAUAGUAUAGGUGCCCGAUUUCAAGUUCUGGUCAAAUACCAGGCCAUCACUCUUCGACUACCCACCAAAGGUUGAGGAAUCGGCCGAGAAGGCCCCCGAGAAAAUAGCCACUGCAGUUCUAUCAACUACUGUGAAGGCCCGCCAGCGUGCCAAGCGAUCGGAGAAAGAGAAGGCCGCGAAGGAGGCUGCCGCCAAGGGCGAAGAUGCCAUGGAGACAGACCACACCGUCUCCACACCCGUAACCCCAGGACCCAUAGCAGAAGGCGACGAUAAGAUGGACCUUGAAGAUGACUCCGCCGAAAGGAAAGAAGGUGACGGCGAGGGUGAAAAAAGAGAGGAAGGCGAGAAAAAGAAGCGGACAGAGAAGGAAAAAGUUGGAUACGAACUCGGAAACAUGUCUCGAGUCCUUCCAGAGCAACUAAAGUAUAUUAGUUUUAUCGGUGACGGCAGAUAUGAGCCCGUAAAGAAGGUACCUUUCUCAUAACCCCCCUCCACAAACGCGGAAACAAGUUGACAUAUAUACAGCCAACCGGCGGCAUCCUCCUCCUCCUCGAUCGCACCCCAUGCGAGCCCGUAAGGCUCAUGGAACUCAAAGCCCGCAAAGCGACUGUACCCACAGCGACUAGCCCCGGCCACACCGUCGGCUCCGUCAACGACGGCCCGGGCACCGGUGGCGCUGCGGCAGCAGUCAACGUGCUUAAUGCAGAGGACGACGAAGGUGACGAGGACGCCCCACUACCAGAGGACUUUGAGUACAUCACGGACGGUGAGACUGAAGAGGAAUUAUAGAUUUUGACUGGUUUUUCAUUUUCUUUUCCCCCUCUAAACUCCUCAUUGUUUUAUUUAAUUGGCUUUGUGCGGUCGGUUGGGUGGGUGGAUCAAAAUCAUGUUUUUACUUUAGCCUGGACUCUUACAGGGAAGACGGGGUAGAGAUAGAGCGAGACGGAGGGGAAUGUAUUUAGUACCCAUUAUCUCCUUUUCUUCAUCCUG